GCGCGCUUUGCUGCGCGCGCAGCGCGGCUCGAGGCGGUGGACGCCGGGCGAGAUGCUGUUGUGUCCGGUGAUCCGGAAGCUGCAGCACAAGCGCGUGGUGUUGGCCAGCUCCUCCCCGCGCCGCCAGGAGAUCCUCAGCAAUGCUGGCCUCAGGUUCGAGGUGGUCCCGUCCAGGUUCAAGGAGAAGCUGCACAAGGCCUCGUUCGCCAGCCCGCAGGCGUACGCCAUGGAAACGGCCAAGCAGAAGGCCCUGGAGGUGGCCGGCCGGAUGCACCAGAAGGACCUGCGCGCCCCGGACGUGGUCAUCGGAGCCGACACCAUCGUGGCGGUCGGGGGGCUGAUCCUGGAGAAGCCAGUGGACAAGCAGGAUGCCUACCGCAUGCUGUCGAGGCUCAGCGGGAGGGAGCACAGUGUCUUCACGGGCGUGGCCGUCGUCCACUGCUGCACCAAAGACGGCCAGCUGGACACCCAGGUGUCCGAGUUCUACGAGGAGACCACGGUGAAGUUCUCGGCGCUGUCGGAGGAGCUGCUGUGGGAAUACAUCGACAGUGGGGAGCCCAUGGACAAGGCCGGCGGCUACGGGAUCCAGGCGCUGGGUGGGAUGCUGGUGGAGUAUGUCCACGGCGACUUCCUCAAUGUGGUGGGCUUCCCGCUGAACCGCUUCUGCAAGGAGCUGGCGUGCCUCUACCACGCGCCCCGGGCCCCCGGCGCCCCGCGGCGGAUCCACUAUGACUCCAUCCCUGCCGUCGACACCUUCGAGGAUCUCAGCAACGUCGAGGGAGGCGGCUCCGACCCGGCUCCCGCCAACAGGGGACUGGAGGUGGGCGGGGUGCGGCCGUGGGCUCCCGGCACCCUGGCUGCGCCGGACCUGAAUGGGGUGAGGGACAGCCAACCCCCGCUCCCCGUGGGCCUCCUGGGGCUGAUGGACGGCUUCAAAGCAUCCAAGGUCCUGCUCACGGCUUGCAGGCUCAACGUGUUCGAUGUUCUGAAAGACCGAGGCCCCCUGACGGCCGCAGACAUCGCCCGCGAAAUUGAUGCCUCAGUGGAUGGCGCCGAGCGCCUGCUGGACGUCUGUGCGGCCCUGGGGCUGCUGGAGAAGGCGGACGGAGGUUACAGCAACACGGAAAUGGCCAGCCGGCACCUGGCGUCGGACACCGAGCAGUCCCUCCACGGCCUGGCCGCCUACCUCGACGGGCCCGUCUGGGGCGCCUUCACGCACCUGGGCCGGGCCGUGCGGGAGGGGGCGGCGUGGACCCCGGAGCCGCUGCCGCAGGCCCCCCACAAGCAGAGCACGGAGGCGACCCUGCAGUUCAUGAGGGCCUCGCACGGCCUCAGCAAGCUGACCGCCCACCACGUGGCCACGGCCUUUGACCUGUCCCCGUUCACCUCCGCCUGCCACCUGCGAGGCUGCACGGGCGCCCUGGCCCACAAGCUUGUCCAGGAGUACCCGCAUCUGCAGGUGACCGUGUUUGACCUCCCAGAGGUCAUCGAGCUUGCCAGGGACUUUCAGACCGACGCACGGCCGUCAGAGCGGGUCCACUUUGUGCCAGGUGACCUUGCCAGCGACCGCCUCCCGCCCGCAGACCUCUACGUUCUCUGCAUCCUCGUGCACGCCGGGCCUGACGACAGACUGCACGGGCUCCUGAGCCGGGUCUCCCGCGGCUGCAGAGCAGGCGCUGGCCUCCUGCUGGCCGAACUCGCGCCCGUGGAGGAGGAGGAGGCCGGCGGGGCGGCGCGGAGGCCCCCCGGGCUGCGGAUCCUCGGGGCGGGGCGGCCCCCCCGGGGCCCCGGGCAGUACCGGCGCCUCCUGCAGGGGCUCGGCUUCCGGGACGUGCGGGCGGCGCGCGCGGGAGACCUGCUGCACGUGGUGCUGGGGACCCGGGCCCCGCCCUGAGGGUCGCCCCGCCCCGAGGGUCGCCGCGCGAGCCUGGGGGUGAUUCCCGGAGAAGAGGCGUCCGCACGGGACAACGAUUAUUAAAGGAGGCGGAAAGCAGGCAGUCUCCGCGCGCGUCUGUAGGGGGCGCCCUGGACCCAGGAGAUGCGCACCCCCAACCCGGGAGGGGAAGGGUACGCGGGCUGGCAGUGCUUGUUGGGGGGGCGGGGGUCGCGGGGACUUGGAGAGGGGCCUGGGGCGCCCCGGGGCUGGAGGCGACCGACAGAGGGAAAGGCAGGGGGUGCCGUCCUUCUCCCGAGGGCACCUGGUCGCAGCCGGCCUGGGCCCCCAGUGAAAACGAGUGACGUGCAGAGCCAGCCCUCUGCUCCCCCGGGGGCGCGUUGGGGGCGCGGUCCCUCCAGACAGCAGGUUCCCUAGAAGAAACUUGCUCUUCUAACCAGAGGGGUCAGAGCACCCGCCUGCGGGGCGGGGGGUACCCGAGCCCCCCCACCCCCCAAGAGUCCUUGGAGCAGUGCGCCUGAUGCAGGCCGGACUCAGGGGGCCCACACCCACGACCAGGCGGGUGAGCCGGGGACACGCCCGAGCGAGGGCCCCAGCUGGAGGCUGACGGCAGCUAACGUCUGCGGAAGCCAGGGAGGACGGCCCCUGGGGCCCUUGUUCGCCUCACUCUCCUUGUCCUGCUGGGACUCUUUGCAGUUAAAAAAAAAAAAAAAAUUAAAAGGCGAGAAGUGGAAAUAUGA